AUGCCAUUCUUUGCGUCUAUUAGAGUCGGCGGCGAAUUCAAUUUGCUCUCUGAAUGGGCCGAUGGUGACUUAGAAUCAUUCCUUCAAGAAGAGUCCGGAAGCUUUGGCCUGUGCGAUUUGAUGGAAGAGGCACGAAACCUAGCUGGUGCUCUGGCAUUUCUGCACCACGGAGGGCCAAACCCCCAACAGCUGUUUUGCCAUCUGGACCUAAAGCCGGCAAACAUACUAGUUUUUCGCGACUCACCAAUAUCUGUCGGGAGAUGGAAGAUAUCUGAUUUCGGCAACUCUGUCUUCAUGCCUGCGGGGGACUCAGGGCCUGAUGGUUCGUUCCCACUCAUAUCAAACAUAGGAGGAAUUAUGGGAAUCUACCAGUCUCCCGAGGUCUUCCACGGCGAAGGACUUGGACGUAAAAGUGAUGUCUGGUCACUUGGGUGCAUAUUGGUCCGGAUACUCGCCUUUGGGUUGGGUGGCAGUGUUUUGAGAGACCUGGAUGACCGCCGUCGCCGAGUGAUGAUCAAUGGAGAGCCGUGUUACCAUGACUGCUUUCAUUGCAGAAAUCCACCUGUCUUGAACCCCCAUAUUGAAACAUGGAUCAAGGGGCUACCGACAAGAUCGAAUGACCAACUUAUCCAAGCAGCAUGUCAACGCUUCCGCAGCUUACUCCUCAAAACUCUCGAAGUUAACAGGGAAGCCAGACUCACCGCAGAGGAGGUGAAGGGCAGGCUUGGGUCUAUCGUUAAAAUUCUUCUUCCACCUAAAUCCCUUCCAUCGUCGACAAUAUCUAUAGACGCAUCCCACCUCCUUACAUCGAUUGAUAAUGGUAACUUUGACGGUCUCAGGUCACAGUUGGAGUGCAAUGUCGAUGUUGAAGUUCCAGUGGAGAAUGCCGAUAAAAAGACGGAGAGGGUGUUGAUACAUGGUAUCCGCAGGAAAUCCUACGAGACGGUUGAAAGCCUACUGAGUUCCCGGCUUAGGUUGGAUAUAGAGAGCCCUGCCUCUGAUGGACAGACCCCGCUGGCUUGCGCGAUUGCAACAGGUGAUGAACGCAUAUUUAAGCUUCUCUUGGAAGCAGGUGCUAAUAUUGACGCGCCAUCGAAAAAUGAAAUGACACCCCUUAUGCUAGCAACCGGGGAUAGCCGUGUCGGCUUCGUUCGCUCCCUGCUCGACAGCGGUGCGGACUGCCUGACUUAUUGCAACAAAGGCUACACGUGUGUACAUUAUAUUGCCUGGGCUCGGGACAAUGGAGUUGAACUGAUCGAGGAGUUUCAAGCUAGAGGAAGCUCCCUUGAUAUACAUUGCCGUGGAGGAAAUGAUAGUCCUCUAAGUACCUUGAUUAAAGCGCAUGACGAAACUGACGAGUGGCAGUUCAAGUUCAACGCUUUCCUCGACGCAGGAGUGGAUGUCAACUCGUCAGACCAGCGUGGCAGAACGCCCUUAUACUAUGCUGGCCUAGAUGAUCUCAGGGAGGUCGCAAUCAAGCUUCUACAGAAGGGGGCCAAAUUAUCUCCGCAUCUGGAUCCUGCUCUGCUUGAUAGGAAAGUGCCUUCCUGGAUGAAAGUUCUACUCAGAGAGCACGACGGCGGAAACAGUGGAAGCCAACUCGAGCCACGCUCGUCAUGGCGAGCUGCUUUCCGCCGUAAGCGGUCCUCUUGA